AUGGAGAAAGCUCAAUUUCGAGAAAACACAGCACUAGACUACAUGUGGACCCCAAGAAAACUUAGGUCACCCAAAGUUGAUCUACUCCCCAUCACAACACUUACACUCCAAAUUUGGACAACCAUCUUGGAGUCCCUAGGAAAUGAGCACACGUUCCACACCAAAGCACUGGUAACAGCCUUAAAGGCUAUCUCACCAGACAUGCACAUCCAGACCUGGUUACAG